AUGCCCAAAAUGGCCCAAGUCAACGGCGACCUCCCGAGCGUGAACUCGGCAGCCAUUCAGCACCUGCUGGAUUACCCUGCGGUACACGACAGUGUCGUCACCUUCAGGAACAACCCCUACGGCAAGAAGUCUGUGGCCUUGACCGAAUCCGUCUAUAAGACCUUCGCCGAGCCCCUUCUCCCUUUCUUCGCUCGUCCCUGGGGCUACCUGCGUCCGUAUGCCGAAAAGGCAGACAACCUCGGUGACCAGGCCCUGUCGGCAAUCGAUGAGCGUUUCCCCGUCGUCAAAAAGCCCACUGAGGAGCUCUAUGCCGGUGCUAAGGGCAUUGUUGCUCUUCCCUUCCGCACAGGUUUCGAGGCCAAGGACCACGUCCUGAAGACAUACAGCCAGGAGAAGAAGAAGGUCGGCAACGAGAACGUGGUCGCCUUCGGCAAGGCCGUCGUGAGCACCGCCCUCAUCACCACCAGUGAACUCAUCAUCUGGGUCGGCGACGUCAUCCACUACAAGAAGGAGGAGGCCAAGGAGGUCGCCAACGAGAAGAUCAACAACUAA